AACGCGUUUGGCCUCGGAGGGCGGGCGAGGGGACGGCGCAGCGGGGCGGCGCUCCGCGGAGCCGGGAGGAGCUGGGGUGUUCGGGCUCGGUGUGGAAAGGCGCCUCCCUGACGCGACCGCGGCGAGCUCAGCCUGCAGCGGGCGGCGCCGGUGAGGGGAGCGCAGCGGUGAGCUCUCGGCUGCGGCGGCGCGGCCUCGACUGCGGGUACCCCGCGGCAAAGGAGGCACCGGAAGGACUCAGGGCGGCCGCACGCUGCCGGUGAGCGGAGGGGUGCCGGGGACGCUGCCGGGAGCGACGGGAGCACAGCCGGGACGCUUUCAGCAUGGCUUCUCCAGCUCUGCUCAUGCGUGUGGUUGCCUCUGCAUAUUCUGCAGCAGAAAAAGCUGCAACAAUUGUUAGAAACGUAAUGGCUACAGGAGAUCUGGGCGUAGUGGAGAAGACUGGAGCUAAUGACUUGCAGACCAAAGCUGACCGACUGGUACAAAUGAGCAUUUGUGCUUCCCUGGCACAGAAGUUUCCCAAGGUGACAAUCAUAGGAGAAGAAGAACUGCCCAGUGAUGAGGUAACUGAGGAACUAAUUGAACAUGGUCACUGUGAAGAAAUCCUGAAGAAAACUUGUCCUGCUCAGUACACAGGAAUUAAAGAGGAAGAGCUUGUAAUAUGGGUUGAUCCCUUGGACGGAACCAAGGAGUACACUGAAGGUCUCCUUGACCACGUCACGGUUCUUAUUGGAAUUGCUUAUGGAGGCAAAGCAAUAGCAGGAGUUAUUAACCAGCCAUAUUACAACUAUGAGGCAGGACCUGAUGCUGUGCUGGGCAGGACAAUCUGGGGAGUCCUGGGCAUAGGUGCCUUUGGAUUUCAGCUCACAGAAGCACCUGCUGGGAAACACAUCAUCAUUACCACCCGCUCUCACAGCAGUGCCCUGGUAAAUGAGUGCAUCAGUGCUUUGAAUCCAGACAGUGUCAUCAGAGUUGGAGGAGCAGGAAACAAGGUCAUUCAGCUUAUAGAAGGCAACGCAUCUGCUUAUAUAUUUGCCAGUCCUGGGUGCAAGAAAUGGGAUACAUGUGCACCAGAAGCUAUUCUACAUGCUGUGGGAGGCAAGAUAACUGAUAUCCAUGGAAAUCCAUUUCAGUAUAACAAGGAAGUGAAACACAUGAAUUCUGCUGGGGUCCUUGCUGCUUUGAGAAAUUAUGACUAUUAUGCCAGUCGUAUUCCUAACACCGUUAAACAAUCUCUUGUGCCUUGAAGCAAUAAAGCAUAUUCACUUGGCCUGGCAGGCUGAGAGAGUGAGCUUGGAGAAGAGAGAGAGAUGAUAACUGAGCCUGAAAUACUAUUUUAGAGAGUCUGAACUGAAUUCUUUCAUUAAGGUGUUCAAUAAUUUCAAACUGCACACAGAAUCAAUAUGUAUAUGUUGGGUCAGAUUGUUUUGCUGUGUUUAGCAGAAAACAUUAAACCAGUCACAUUUCUUGAAUAGGUGUUUUCCUCAUUCUUCGGGAGCAUUCAUUCUCCAUGACCAUGUUUAAUAUACUGCUAAUCAUAAUACUGCAGUCCAAAAAUCAUCUUAAUAGGGCACAAAAUCAUGGUAAGUCAUUUUCCUGAUGUUGCUCAAUGUUUUUUUGUUGUAUGUAGUCAUACAAGGAUUUAUUAUGUUAGGUACAAAUGGACUAACAAUCUGCCUGGAUGGAUUAGCCCAUUUCUUAUAAAGCUCAUAGUUUUGAUUCUUA